AUGGCUGGAACGAACGGCAACUUCCCAACUUCGUUGCCGGUUCUUGACGGCAAGAGUGAUUGGGAACGUUGGAAUACUCAGAUGCUCGUGAUUUUUGGUUUCCAGGAUGUUCUUGAGAUGGUGACUUCUGGGUAUGCGGCACUACCGGCGGAGCAAAGCACAGAGCAUAAGGAAUUGAAGAAGAAAGACAUGAGGGCCCUGUUCAUUAUCCAUAAGUGCGUCAAUCCUGCGAAUUUUGAGAAAAUUGCAGCGGCGAAGACGUCUAAGGAGGUGUGGGAAAUUCUGAAUAAGAGUUACGAUGGUGUUGCAAAAUUGAAGAAAGUCAAGUUGCAGACACUAAGAAGACAAUACGAGGCUCUCAGGAUGGAGAAAUCAGAGACGAUUUCCAAGUUUUUCACAAGGCUUCAAACUUUGUCAAAUCAGAUGAAAGCGAACGGAGAGGUAAUGAAUGAUCAAAUUCUUGUGGAAAAGGUUCUUAGAUCACUGACUACAAGAUUUGAUCACAUAGUAACCACCAUAGAUAAAUCUAAAGAUCUUGAGACUAUCAAGAUUGAGGAGUUGCAAGGUUCAUUGGAAGCUCAUGAAAUGAGGCUAAACCUGAGAGAUUCUGAGAGAGAAACUGAGCAGGCACUGUAUGUUAGAGGCAGUACCAGUAAGAAGAAGUGGGGUAGCAAUUCUAAGACUUCCAAGGAGAAGAAUUGGAAGAACAAGGUGUUUACGCUGAUUUUUGGUAAACAAACAGAAUCCAAAAGCAAUUCAAGGACCGGAUUCAGAGUCCUUUCUGGGUUCUUUAGUGAAGACGUUUUAAAUGUCAAGGCUGAGUUUUUGUGA